AUGGCUCACCAUGCGAGGCCUUCCAGAUCAGCCAAAAAAGAUGAGUUAGGCAAAAGGAAAACUAACCAGAGCAAAAAGAAAUCUAGCCAAGUGAGAAAGAAAACCACAAAGACUUCCACAAAAGCUGUUAGUUCUGGAAAAGGUAAAAAGCCAGUGCAAGAAAAAGAUGUUAAGAAAAAACAGCAAGAAAAGAAACCAGUCAUGAGCUCUUCAGGUAGACUUCUCAGGAGCAGUGUAAGCAGAACCUUGUCUGGAGUGUCUUGGGUGAGUUUGGAGAAAGCUGACAAUAUCCUCUUUCACAGCCAGGAUUCUUUCAACAUCAAUGGCUUUACAAUGUCUCUCCGUAACCGAUCCUUCUCCCAAAGAUUGUCCCAAACUCCCAUAAUUGCAAAACCCAAGAAAGCUGCAGCACAAAAAAGGCUAGAAACAAAGGAAAAACGUGAACAAGAAGCCCUGGCAGUAGUAGAAGAGAAAAGCAAUGAAACAGGUGAAAUAACUUUGAUACAAGAUUUAGCUCAAAAGGAUUUAGCUGCUCUGCCUGUAGAAGGCUGUCUGUGUAGUGAAGGCGAAGAACCUGUUAUCCCAUGUGCCGGUCAGGACAAGGAGGCAGAAAUAUCUGAAACAGAUGACUCAAUUCCAAACUGUCAGGUAACUGAUGAUGGUACGGGAGCUUCAGAUGUGAAAUCUAAGCAUGAAGACCUGCCCUGUGAGCAGAUACCCAGUGAUCUGGAUACAGGCAGUUUGGCUGAAGAGUUUGUUGAAGGUGCUGCGCUGGUGCUUCCAUCUUCUCCUUCUGACUCUGUAAUUGUCUCUGAAUCAAACUCGAAGGUGCAUACAGAGACUCCCUUCAAUGUGGUGCCCAACUGUACAGAACCUGACUUCAGUUCUGUUGAUACCUCAGACCUCAGCUCAGCAGUACUGAUCGAGUCGGUCACACUUGCCAAAUUCCACAUUGGAGCAGGGUUGGACGUGGUGCUACCUAGGGAAGAACAAGACUUGCAUUCCGCAUCUCUAGUUACCUCUGAGUUUAACUCACAAGAACAUUUAUUAGAAGAUGCAAGGUCACUUGCAGAUUCUUGCAUGAAGGCCGGCUGGGAUUUGAAAUCUGGGAAUAAAGACAUUGGUUCAAAUUCCAGUUCUGUAGCUGCCUCUGAAUCAAAUUUGCUUUUACGUUUUGGAGGUGCAAGCUCGCUUGCAGAAUACCCCAUGAAACUGCUCGUGGAUUUUGUACCCAUUCACAAGGAACUUGAUUCAAAUUCAGAUUUGAGCUUUACAAAAGAGAAUUCAGAAUUUGACACACAAAACAUAUUUACAGUAUGUGAACCAGUCUCCAAUACCUCUUUAAACAAUAUUGAAGUAGAGGACAUUGAACAGCUUGUUAAAUGUAUUGAUGCAGAGACAUUAAUUUUGAAUUCAGGCUAUGUCCCCACUUUAUCUUCAGAUUUAGAAAAAAGCACAGUUGAUAAAAUCUCUGCUGAAAGCUCUGGACAAUUCUCUGCAGGUUUUGUUUCAGAGUUGCCUUCAAGCAUGGAAAUCUCUGCUCUUGCCUCAGAAAAAGCCAUAAAUGCAGAUUUGCCAGCUGACUCAAGACUGCAGCAUAAUGAUUAUUCAUCACAGCUGGGAAGUGUUGGAGUAAGCUUGAAUUUGUUUCAGGACAACGUGAGCAACAGCACCGAAGCAGUUGAGGCCUCAGGGCUGUCCUCUCUUAAAAAUCCAGCUGGUGGUUACCCUGUUCCAUAUUCAUCUCUGCUCCCUAUGCUGGAGAAAAAGAAACGAAGGCGUUGUGGAGUCUGCGAGCCCUGUCUGCGGAAAACAAAUUGUGAGGAAUGCAGCUGUUGCAGGAAGCGCAAAACUAGUCACCGGAUAUGUAAAAAGAGAAAAUGUGAAGAAUUGAAAAAGCCACCACCACCAGUCAUGCUACCUUUUGAGGUUCUAACAGAAAACAAAAGGCCUCAGAGGAGGAAGCAAAGAGUUUUAAAGGCAAAUUUAGAAAACAAAGCAGUAAAUGGCCGCAGACCAGAACUCAUGGAAUGCAGUAUAUGUGGUCAUGGUGAAAAAUACAGGGUGAAGACAAGCCAAGCAGUACCCAUUGAAAAUGUGCAGUCUAAGGAGAAAGAGAGAAUGACUGGCUUAGAAGCAGAGAAAUGGGCACAUAACGAGAAGUCAUCCUUCGGUGUCCACGUCAACGGCGACAUCCAUGGAGCUGUGACGGGCACGGAACACUUGAAACACGCUGGCCACAGUGAAAGAGCAGCCUCUCCCAGUCAGUUCACUGAGCCAAAAAAAUCCUUGGUGCACACCAUCAAAAAUGGCAUUAAAACCCUGCAUUAUUCACCACCAGAAGCAGUUGCUUCACUGAAAAAUGUAUCUGCAGAGGAAAGGACAGAUUUGACAAGCAACUCCCACGUGCAAUGGCCGAAGGGUAGCAAUCUGAAUAAUGUAGUAAGCACUCUGACGAGUGGCACUGGCUGUGUUCAUCCAGAAAACCAAGGGAAUGUUUUGAUGAAAGAGGAAAACUGCACCUGCAGCAUCUCUGAGUAUUCUGAUCAGUCAGUUUUGCAGACAGGUUCCAGCUUGGAUGUGCAGGAGAGCUUGUGUUGUCCUCCGCUGCCUGAAGAGGAGCUGCAGGCAGGGAAGGAUGGCAUUAAAGUACCGAAUGUGGAGACGCUGCCUGAGAAUUCCGCACUCCAGCCCACUUUUUUGUCCCUGAUUAAAACCAGAAAUUUAACUCUGGAGCAGGUUGUAGCUAUUGAAGCUUUAACACAGUUGUCUGAAGCUCCUUUAGAAACAACUUCACCAGCUAAAACUGAAAGUACUGAAUGUACAGGAGAAGCAACUUCCAACUUGCUCCAUAGUUUUAAAAGGGAUAUCUCAUCCUCCUUUACAUCCUCUGCAUUGCAAGAAAUCAAAGACACUUAUUUAGAGAAUGAACAACAGCUCUUGGCUCACUGUGCUCACUCGCAGAAGCAGCUCCCUAAUAAGGCAGUGUUAUACAAUGGCCAAAGUUCAGUGUCUGAAUUGUGUGAUAAACCUGCCAAUCCGGCUGGUGAGAUGUAUAAAUUACAGUUAUCCUCAAGAGAUACCAAAACUUUAUCUGACUUAACAUCUAAUGCAGCAUUUUCAGGAUAUGAUUCCAACAAAAGUUGUGCUCAUAAGCCAGUCACCCUCACAGGGUAUUGCAAUGCUUCAUGUGAUGUCCAGCAAAUAAGGAACAACUUGGAAGCUCCUGGCCAGUUAGAGCAAAAGCCAGCGUGUAAUGAUUCGAAAUUGGAAGGUAGUUCUUUGAUUAAAGAAGGAGGAAUUCACAGCCAGGAUGAAGAGGAUGUAGCUGCACAACUAACUCAACUGGCAGCACUGAUUGAAUCAAACCAGACAAAUCCAGAGCAGAAGAACGAUAUAAAGGCAUCACUGCUUAAUCUAAUAUCACAUGAGAGGCAGCCAAAAUAUAACCAAGAUGUGUUGCAGAAAAAAGAAACCGUAUUUUUCAGGCAUAAUUAUAGUUCCUUACUGUUAAAGCAAAAACAAGCAACAAAUAAGAAAGGAAAUGCUGUGCCAUGGAAACCAAGACACAAAAAGAAGCCUCAAGAAGCACGCUAUCAACAAAAUAAUCAAAACCAGCUAGAGCUGUUGUCAUGCCAGCAUAGUGAAUUGCAGGACAUUUGGAUAUCAUCAAAACUGCACAAGCUUGGUCAAACUGUGCCACAGGAUUCCAGGGUGGUUCCGUCUGAAAAGAAAUCUCCAAGAACCAAAGUACAGAGAGCGCUCAGUCAAAAUACUUUAGCAUCACAAGAAAAAACAAGAUUAUUUCUCCCACAAGCACAGAUAAAAUUCCACAGGUGUUUACCUGAGGAGAAAAAAAAAGACAGGUUGUUUGGCUGUGAGGUGGUGAAUGAGCAAAUGAAAACUGCGGGCUCCAGUGACCCACUAGGCACUGAUGCAUUGAAAAAUGAAGUUGUUGCACGUAGCCAACACAGCGACCUGUCCUCCCGUAAUCCUCUGGCUGCUUCACAGCUGAAAACAGCAUCCUUGUUGAAAAGACCAACUGAAAACCUACAGAUGUUUACAGAAAAAUGUAAUUCUCAGGUACAGCAAACAGCAAAUGUCAGUCAGGCGCAUCCUUUGCCACCAACUUUUAACCAGUCUAACCUGAGAGCUAACGAAAUGUGUAGUGAAAACAAAGCCUAUGUUCAGCAGGUCAAACAGCAGGUAGAUCCGAAGUCCCAGGUGCUGCCUGUUCCCUGUGGUGGGGCCCAGGUGCCAGGUGCUGCUGAAGCUCUCAGGAAUAUGGAGUGUGUGGGUGAGGUGACCGUUCUGACAUCAACCAGUUUGGGUACUGACCACGCCCAGAGCACAGGCGACUCAGGGUGUUCCCCAGCAAAAAACACGCUCAGCAGUUUCCUUGAAUCACCCAUGAAGUUUCUUGAUACCCCUACAAAAAAUUUAAUAGACACACCUACCAAAAAAGGACAAUCUGAAUUGCCAACUUGUGACUGUGUUGAACAAAUUAUAGAGAAAGAUGAAGGCCCCUAUUACACGCACCUCGGGACAGGACCAAGUGUUGCUGCUGUGAGAGAAAUUAUGGAGAACAGGUAUGGAGCAAAAGGAAGCGCUGUAAGAAUAGAGGUAGUGGUUUAUACAGGAAAGGAAGGAAAAAGCUCUCAGGGGUGUCCAAUUGCCAAGUGGGUGAUCCGAAGAAGUAGCGAUGAGGAGAAGUUGCUGUGCUUGGUCCGUCAGCGCGCGGGGCACCACUGCCAGACGGCUGUGAUCGUGAUCCUGAUCCUGGCCUGGGAGGGGAUCCCGCACCUCCUGGCGGACACGCUCUACAAGGAGCUGACACAGAGCCUGCGCAAGUACGGCUGUCCCACCAGCCGGCGCUGCGCCCUCAAUGAAGAUCGUACUUGUGCAUGUCAAGGACUUGACCCAGAAACUUGUGGAGCAUCAUUCUCAUUUGGCUGUUCAUGGAGUAUGUAUUUCAAUGGCUGUAAGUUUGCCAGGAGCAAAAACCCCAGGAAAUUUAGGCUUCUCACUGAUGACCCUAAACAAGAGGAACUUCUUGAAAAUAAUUUGCAAACGUUAGCGACUGAUGUGGCUCCAGUUUAUAAGAAACUCGCUCCAGAAGCUUUCCAGAACCAGGUGGAAAACGAGCACAUGGGCCCCGACUGCCGGCUGGGCUCCAAGGACGGUCGGCCCUUCUCGGGUGUCACGGCGUGCAUCGAUUUCUGUGCCCACGCCCACAAGGACACACACAACAUGCACAACGGGAGCACUGUGGUCUGUACCUUAACGAAGGAAGAUAACCGGAGAGUGGGGGUCAUUCCAAGCGAUGAACAGCUCCAUGUGUUGCCUCUUUACAAAAUCUCACAAACAGAUGAGUUUGGCACUGAAGAGGGCCUGGAAGCCAAGAUAAAAGCCGGAGCCAUACAGGUGCUCACAGCGUUCCCCAGAGAAGUGCGAAUGUUGGCUGAGCCUCUCAGAGCUACCAAGAAAAAGAAACCAGACACCAGGAGGACCCCGAGUGAAAAGCAGCCAUUAAUAGAUAAAAAAUAUUCAACGCCAGUAAAACUGAAAACUGAAGCCCCAGAAAAUCUUGGCAACACUUUGAAUUGUUUAGGGAACAAAACAGAUGCUUUAAAACCUGGAAUAAAAAUGGAGACUUCCAACCACCUUUAUGCCAUGAAACAUACUUCAAACACUACUAAAAAUUGCUCUUUAUUAAAACAGUACACGGCUUCCUCCCCCUUUAAAGUGGAUAGUUUACAUCCUUAUCCAUCUCUCGCACACAAGUCUGGCCUAACUGCAGUGACUAAUAUUCAACAAGAUUUUUCAGUUCCCUACGGGUAUUUUGAAUGCAGUACCAAGCAACCUCACGUGGCACCUUACGUUAACUGCAAGAGCUUUGAUGUGUCAGUCAAAGAUUAUACUGGAAUUCUGCUGAACGAUAAGGUGAAUGGAGUGCCACCGCUUCUUCCCGAGGUCACUGCUCCAGGCCCCCCAGCCCACAGAGAGCCCCUGCCCACUAUACUUGAACAUCAUCAGCCAGACAAACAGAAUUGUCAGCUUCAGCUGGACACUUCUCCUUCCUCAGAGAUGAUCAGCUCUUGUGACUCAUCAGUACCGCUAAGCUCUUCGGCAAAGGACGCCGUGGGAACCGAAGCUGGCUGUUCCCAUGGAUGCCCGGGGGAAAAGGGCAGCUCCCACCCAGGGCAGAUCUGUGACUUUGACUGCGUUGACGAAAAGCAAAACAGUGCACUGGGACAACCAGCUGAUUCUGAAGAAAAGGCUGAGGAAUUGUGGUCAGACAGCGAGCACAAUUUUUUGGAUGAUGAUAUUGGUGGGGUUGCUGUGGCACCUUCUCAUGGUUCUAUCUUAAUUGAAUGUGCAAGACGUGAACUCCACGCUACCACACCAAUUAAAAAACCCAACCGCAAUCAUCCCACAAGAAUUUCUCUAGUUUUUUACCAACACAAAAAUUUAAAUGAGCCAAAACAUGGUUUAGCCAUGUGGGAAGCAAAGAUGGCCGAGAGGGCGAGAGAAAAAGAAAAAGAAGCGGAACGAUUAGGAACGGAGAAUCCUGAACAGAACUCUAGCAACAGGAAAGCAAAGCAACCAAGUGAAAACAGAGAUAUUUUUUAUGAAGACAACGAGUUCAACCAAAUUCCAUCCCGCAGAGCAUUGACAGUAACCAAGGAUAACGUGAUCACAGUAUCUUCAUACGCCCUGACACGAGUGGCAGGGCCCUACAACCAUUGGGCGUAGGUGUCGGUGUGGUGUGCCCCUCCCGGUGCAGUUACACGGUGUUUCUUUAAGGUGCUGUUAAAGAACAAGUCUCCUGUCGUUUACUAUUUGCUCAUCUCAACCAUUUUAAGGCUGAGGUAAAAACACAAAAAAAGGGGGGGGGGGAUUUCUUCUUAAACUGUGACUUUAACAUUUGGUGGUGCUCAAGCACAUUUUAAGCAAAAAAAAAAGAAAAAAAGUUGUAUAGUUUUAAUACAUUCUAAAAAAAGAUUUUGUUUAGGUUAUUAACCUUGAUUGAAUCAUUCAGUUUAUUACCUUUAGGAAUUUAUAUUUUGGUGCUUUAAAUCGUCUGUUUACUACAAAAAUCAUUUAUAGGUAUUUUAACAGGUUCACAUUUUAUGGUGUUAAAUCAAACUAUACAGUUAUAGCUCUACACAGCUCUUGGUGCUUAACCACAUCAAACAGUUAAAAAUAAAUAAGCUGAAUUAUUACUUCAUGGUGCCAUUGCUUUAACAACUUCCAACCAUUGCUGUAUAGUCCAAAUUACAGACAAAUCUUUUAGAAAACCAAUUAAUUUUGUUCUUUAGAUUCGUCAGUAGAAUGAGGUUAUUGGUAAUGAUGGCUGGAAGUUGUUUCUAAGCUGUAAAUAUAUAUUUUAAAAGCACUUUCUAUUUUUAAAAUUAACUUGAAAUAGUAUAGUAUAAGGAUCAUAUUGUCUAAGGUUUGUGCAUACUCUACAGAAGAAAUGAUUUUGUUCUUGCUGUGCAGAGUUCCAUGGUGUUACAGCUGCAGGCUGUAUGCUGAUAGCAUAUGUGGUUGUGUUUAACUUGCCCUUUUUCACUGAAGAUUUUAUGUUGCAUUUAAACAAACAGUAAUGAAUUAUAGAGCCUUUUUUAUUCUUUUUCAAGAGAGCGUACAAACAUGAAAUGAGGAGAUGUCUGGUCAAUACGUGUGUUGCUAUUGGGAGUUAGGAAUAUUAUCUGGUUUUUUAAAAGGCAGCAUUUGUUAUGGUUUCUUUGAGCAAUAAGUGCAUCAGUCUCAUUUGUUUGCAGCAUUCUAAGUUAACAUGGCAACCAAAUGUUCCUAAUGCCUCAGGGGUAGGAUUGUUUUGGGAUAAAAAAUACCCCCUAGAGUUGCCUUAUUCUAUUCUGAUUUAAAAAAAAAAAAUUGGGAAAAAUACAAAGGAAGUAUUGGAAAACUAUCAAAUUUCUGAUAUUUAGCAGCAAAGUUUUUGUUGAGAAAAACCUAUCUGUAAUAUUCACCAACUUUCUGAGUUCAAUUAUUUUGCAAAAAUGUUUUGUAAAUUUUUGAAGCAAUUUAUACAUUUCAUGUGGAAAGGGUUGUAUCCUUCCUUGAAAUUUAUCUUCUUCAUUUCUGUUUAGAAAGUGACAUAUCACGAACCAAGUAUUUGCUAAACCAGAGGAAAAACAGACACUCCAUUGCUUUUAAAUACUGUAGCAUCCCACCCUUCUUUCUGAUUCUCCUCUCCUAUGUAUUUCUUGUUUAAACUUAUUUAUUUAAACAAAUUACCAAAUGACAACGUUAGCUAAGGACUGACCUCAUCCUGCAACUUCUUCCAUGCGAGCCGGCUGGAGCCAGGAGGAGCAGUGACACCAGGACUCGCUGGGGUCCGAGCGCUGCAGGAUCAGGCCCACAGACAAAGCUGUCCCCUCCUUCUGCCUCGGCGCCCGCCCUGGCUGGGGAUCCUGUAGGUAAAAUGAAGUCACUUUUCCAGUGUGGAAACAUACUAAUAAUAUACUUGAUAAUAUUAUACUGUAGUGGUGCUGUAUAGAGGAAUACAAACUAUCUGGAUCUGCUUUAUUUAAAGACGAGGUGCUUUUUCCUUGAGAAGCUGAAGUGCAAGAACUCUUAUUUACAGUUUUGGUACGAAAAGUACAUCAGUGGUGUUUGGAACACAUAGUGCCAGUCAGGACCUUGGUGCUACAAAUCCUUUGGUGCGGCUGUAGAUCCAUGAGACUGUUUUCCUGUAGCCAUGUGCAGCGUUUGCAGGAGCCAGGUCUGAAGUAGCAAUCGCUAUGUAAUGAUCCUGGGUUCAGCUCAACUGAUUCCUGUUCAAAUUAACCAAGCUAUUAAUGGCAGAGGAUGGAGGAAUUGAACCAGUUCUUUGUAUCUUACCUAUUUUAAGUAAAACCUGUAAAAAUUGGGUAUGCUGCAAAUUUUAGUUCAAAGCUUAAUAUUAGUUCGAAUAGAGGAUAUGAAGGGAUUGUAAAUAAUGAUAAAACAGAACCAAUAUUAUGCCAUUGUUUUGUACCAGCAGUUUUAUGCUUACUGACUGUGUAAUAUACAGUAUACAUCAAAUCAUUAUGGUAUUUUGUGUGCCUUAGAUUUCCAUUUUAAAACUUGUAUAUUUUUGGUGAGCUGAAGAUCUGUAGGAAUUGCAGCUGUCCAUACAGUGAGUAGUACUGUACAUUCCAUAGCUGUUCCAGUCAUGUAUUUGUCCCACCACGUAACAAUUCGUUUAUUGGUUUCACUGAUAAGCCCCGACACCUUCAGUUUCUGUAAUGCUGUAAUUCAGCACUCUCAUGUGAUAAAUUUACUACACAAAAUUGGUAAGCUACAGAGCCAUCUCUUUACCUUUUUAAAUGUUCAUACCAUUAAAGUGGAUCAUUUUUACUUGAAUCUUCUCCUACAAAUGCCCACAUUUAACUUACUGGAAAUUUCAGAUAAAAACGUUCCAUUGAAAAACCAGCAGCUUCCCUCUAAGAAGUAAGGCACUGAAAGGUGGAUCUUAGAGGAUCCCUUCAAACCUUUUUUUGAACUGGCAGUUCUAACAAAGAAAUGUGUAUCUUAACAUAAUACAUACUAUUAACUGAUAGGUGCUAAACUCACAGUUACUACUUCAUUAAUAUUACUUACAUGAGAGAAAUAUAUCAUCUAUACAGUAACAUAUCACCCACGGUGCUCUUUCCUUGGCUGUCUUUCACCUAAACUGCUUUUUAACACAUCCUACCAGGCAGGUUGGCCACUUCCACUUCCUGCUGGACAUGUAAUGGGUUGUGAUUUGAGAAGCUGAUCCUUUCUAUUGCUGUACUGCAGUAUAGAAAAUGCACCUAUUUACUGGUUUUACAACCCUGUGCUAUUUAUCGCAACACUUCAGGAUAUUUUUCAGUCUUGUACACAAAUUGCAUUGCUUUCAGUAAGGUUAUCAUUUUAUAACAGUGUUGAUCUCUUAAAAUCUUCAACUCUGUGCGUGUUCUUUUCUUUGCAGCCCACACAGCCACGUGUAAUUUGCUCUUAGGUUUUAACCCAAGUCCUUUUUGGAUAGCCAGUCCAGGAGCUGGAUCAAAAAUUAAGGCAGCUGGCUAGGUCAGACCUGCAUGUUUUAUUUGAUUUCCAUCAGCUGGCACAAUGUUCUGGGUGAAAAACCAGCAUGUGGAUUCAGGUGUGGGCUGGAAGUGGGGUGUGCUUGUCUUUGGAUCAUUUUUUACAGUAUUCCAGGAAAAACUGUCAUGAUCCAACAUAGGACACCUCUGACUUCCCAGAAGAAAUGUGUCUCAUCCCUUUAUCCACUGGGUCCAGUACCGCAACUCUGCUAUGGAGGGGAGGAGCAGGGCUUGUUGCAGGACCAGUUGUGUUUGACUCCAUGUGGGAGUCACUGAAGUUGUGUCCAAUUAAACAGUGAAUUUACUGAUUUUUCACAUGCUAGUGUAUUGCAGGAAAUAGAAAUACUUCUGUAAAUACUUUAGUCACAGGAACCAAGAAGCUUUGCAAGUCCUUAAAAAUACUUGCAGCUUCCAACCUGUAACAGUUGUAUUCUGAUUUUUUAAGGACUUCCUAAGAACCAUAACUGCUGGUGAAAGUCCUUGUGUUAGCUAUGACAGUGCUUCUCUAGAUGUAGCACAGGAAAUAACUGUAGCAUCUUGAGCAACAUUUUAUGUUAAGCAUGGGUAAAUGACAACUUGUCUAGUACUUAAGAUUCUUCCUAGCAUACAGCUGUAUGGGGUUUUCUAAAGAACUUUUUAAUUUCAUUGCAGUAUUAACUAAAUAUGGUGUUAGAUUAAGGUUGGGUGCUGUUCACACUGCUGCAGCCCUGCUGACUGCAAAGUGUUCAUUCAUCAAGUUUUCCUGCAAUUUCCAUAUUUAAUUGGAUGGGUAUGGACAACAUCUGUGUCAACUCAGAGGUCAAUCCUGCUCUUUCACUUCCCAUGCAACUUCUCUAAUAUUGCAAUUAACUCUGUUUAUCAAGUGGUCAUCAGCUUUGUAAUCCAUUUUAAAUAUAUGGUUGUUUCUUUUCCGCAGAAAUCCUGUAAUUUCUAGGCUAUCAGAAGGAAAUAGCUGUGCUUUCAGAUACAUGAAAAACUCAACUGCAUGGCCACUUUCAUGCUUUGUGUACGCUAACACCAGUUACAUUCAGGCAGUGUGGGACAAACUCUUUCAGGCUUCUUGUGGUCACUGAAAUUCAGAUAAGGGUCUUUGUGAUGUCUACUCCAUAAAACUGUGUUUUAUUUCUUGUGUGAAAGCUGUCUGCCAAGCUGUGACCUGUGAUGAUCUGCUCUUCAAUAGCAAUUAGAGAAGAGGAACAGUCCAAUCACAUUUGGGAAUUCCUGCUUUAUCAGGUGUUGAUCUGACUUGCAGGAGGAAGUGUGGAGGGAAUAUCUUUCCACUGAUUAUUGUGACACCAUGGUACUGCACUGCAAUGUCUGUGUCACAGCACUGCUCUAACCAGUGAGAUGUUUUGUUGUGGGUAUUAUGUACAAAUUCACCUCUUUGCACAGUUCCUUCCACAGGCAGAAAUCUCUCCUUUGGUCUCUGCCUGGUUUAAAAAAAUACCAAAAGAAGGAGAGAGUUGGCCUCUGUUUUUGAUAGGCAUAGACAAACAAGGUAGCAAGCACUGCUGCCCUUUGCCACCAUCAAGAUGGAGAAUACAGAAAGCUGAUGGGAUGUUGGUUGGACUUGAUGGUCUUUAAGGUCCUUUCCAACCUUCAUGAUUCUCUGCACAGCGUAAAUAAAUCACAGGCAAAGCUGUGAAGGUACAAUUGGUUUUUGAGUCAAUCUUCUAUGUACGUGUAGUUGCCAUGGUACUUCUUUAUACUAACACUUCUUUUGGUCCAUGACUUUAAAUUCAGUAGCUUAUUUUAUUUAGUCUGUGACACACUUACAUUCUCCUUGAAUCUAAAACAGUGACCAGGGUCAAAAAUCUAGAGGAUGUGGCUAUUUAAUUCUUAACAGUUCAGGAAGCGGUUUCAGUCUCUUCUGGGACUACCUGAUGUUUAGUCAGUCUUCACAGAUUGUCUACAUGCUGCUUUAGGAUGUUGCUACAAAAUUAUAAUUACAGAAAGGAAAGAGUUUUACAUUCAGGGUUUCCUGAAGGACCAAGGAUUUCUAAUAGUAGAACCUGAUCAGGCACCAGGAUACAUAUGGGUCACUUCCUCUAAGGAGUGGUUGAAUAUAUGCUGUGUUUAUUACUUCCCUGUAAAACUUCUUUGGUUCUCUUAGAGAAGAGGCAAAACUUUUUAAUACUGUCACAUACCUGACUAAAUUAUGAAGACUUAGUUCUAUGUGGUGCUGUGUUGUCUCCCUGAAAAACACUUAAUAUGGCUAGUAGGUAUCACUUUCUACUUUGUACAGGUGACAGUGGAUACUCCAGCCACCUUUCUCACUCCAUGUCCUUUCUGGAUCAUCAGCUGUGGUUAGCUAUGGUCAGUUAGUGCUGGCUCACUUUGUCACCUGCUCUGGAUGCUUUCAAUGCUUGUAACUACUCCAAAAGUUUUUCCCUUGGCAGAUCUGCUUCAGCACUCACCAUUAGCAGCACGGCUGUCAGCCUGCCUGUGAGUCCCCCUGCACGCUGUCCUGUGUAUGGAAAUCAGCCAUCUUCAUCUCAGGAAUGUCACAUGAAUCUGUUCUCCUUGGGACUCUCCCCCUAAAAUCCAUUUAUUUCAGUCACCUGGAACAGGCUGCCAGGAGAGCUUGUGUAUGUGCCCCAUCCCUGGAAGUGUCCCAGGCCAGGUUGGACAGGGCUUCAAGUAACCUGGUGGAGUGGAAUGGGGGGCAGGGGGUUGGGAAGAGGUGAGCUUUAAGGUCCCUUCUGACCCAAACCAGUCUGAUUCCUUAAUCUUAUAUUCUAUAGGUGACAGUUCUAGGGCUUUUACUUCACAUUUUCUCAUACAGGGCCUAGAAUAUCACAGUUGGGAUUUUUUUAAAGUCUAGUAGAGAUGGACAAUUCAUAAUCUGUCACAAUCACUGUUUUUAUGCUUUUUAAAUCAAAUAAUCAGUUUUCCAGUUAAUGUUCAGAUUUUUUGAUGUAGUUGUUACAAUCUGUUCUUGUAUCUGCAAGUAGCCAAACAAAAGAGAUUGCAAGACUAGAAAACCAUCAUCCCCUGAGAAGGAAAAGUCAUUCCUUCUCAGAGCACAGGAUUUUUUCAUGUUGGUAGCAUCUCUGUGUUCUCUUGUCUUUCAAGUCACUUUUAACAGCUCUGCUCAAUUCCUGACAUGCGACAGCUGCUGCAGCCCCUGCAUGAUUGCAAGAGCAGGAGUGUUUCUUUACAUCUUCUUUAAACCUUAGAUCAGUCUUUGUGAGAUAUCCAAGUGUUUAUGUAAGAUAAAUGCCUGAACUAACACAGGACUGCUUGGAAAAAAGAUGUUCUUCCUUCUCUGGCAAAAAAUGGAAUGGAAAGAGCUUGAGAAGAAAACAAUUAAGGUGGUUACUGCCUUUUAUUGAAGGGUAUUGAGGUGUCAGCAUUGCUGUUUCUUUGUCUUUCUGAGAAUAAGGACUUUAGGAUUCUUUUUCCAAUCCAGUUCCCCAGUUCACCAUCCCAACAAUUGCUCGUGGUGUUUAAUCAUGUACUGCUAAGCUUCAGUUUUAAAAGAUACAAGAUGCUUCUUGAUGCUGUAUCCUUAAUUCUUCCAGACAGUGUCUUUUCCUUUCUUCUUCUACUGGGCCAUUACAUAUGGCAUUUUUCCACACACACUUUUAUUCAAAGGCCAGAAUCUUCCAACAGCAUACUUGCAGUGAGUGCAAGACUGGGGUGCUAAAUAAGGUGAAGGGGACUUGCUUUGGUGUGACUGAUCAACGGUGCUUUUUUCAACACUUUGCACACCUUACAGACAUUCCUCACAAAGUCACAGACUGCAGGUGUACACCUCAAAAACUACACAUGUAGGGAGGACAGGUUUGGCAUUUCAGCUACAAGUUUAAGAGUUACCAGUUACAGCAGAUGAACUGUGUUCCCAAGAUAUGUUGUUGCAGUGGAGCAAAGGAACUGCUAGUUUUGAUGUUCAGUAGUGCAGUUGUUGCCACAGAACGUUUUAAUGCUGUCGUGGAAAGUUUUGUGACCUGGUCAAUAUUUUACAUGUAUAUCUGUAUUUUUGUUAUAUUGUAAUGGAAAAGGGGUCUAGGGUUUGGGAGUUGUCUUAAAGUAAGAAUCAGGAGUAACAAUCAGGAGGCCCUGAUUGUUACUUAUACUACUGUCCUUUGUAUUGCAUUGGAAGGAUAAAGGGGCCUUAAAUGGAUGUCACUUUAGCUUACAUCCUCUGGAGUAUCCCAUCACAUUGAUCAGAGUAUAAAAGGUCAGUAGUAUAAAUAAAAACAGUUACUAAAUGAUUGAUUUGUACAAUCAUCUGAAAUAAAUUUCAUUGUAUCCUUACUGUGCAUAUACUGGCCAGUAACAUCCAGAUUGUUCUUAGUUUAGAAAUACAGGUUGAAGAGAGACCUGCUUGGGUUUUACCAGGUUUUAAAUAGUUGUUUAUAUUGGCUGUCCUUUGCCCAACAAUGUGGUAAAAGAUUUGUACCUGUAGGUAAUGGCCAGCCCAGAAAUUUCACCAAAUUGUCAAAAAUGCUAUUUUUAUGGUAAUUUUUCUUAAAAUACUUGCUACCCUUUAUCGUAACUUGGAUCCCUUUUACUUGAUGAUAUAAACUGGGGUUGUGACAAUCUACUGAACUUCCUUCUGUCCUGACUUCACACCCAGCAGAGUGUGCGGUGUUGUGUGCUGUUGUCACACUCUGCUGAGUUUGGGGACACAAAAUUAAAGCCAACACUUUCUGCCUUCCCUGACUGUGGUGCUACUUGCCAGGGAAAACCCUGGCAUUGCUCUGCAUGCCCGAGUCCUGCAGAGCUCCCCUUGCUGCCCAUGGAAGCUUUAUGUAUACAACAGCCCCUGCUACAUUGCAGUUAUGCAAUGCAAACUUCUCGUUCAAAAAAAGUUUGAGGAAAAGGAAAUAUUCUUUCCUUCUUAAAUUUUUACACUGCAGUGAUACUGCAGAGCCUAAUGAGAACAGAUUUUGUAGCAGCUUUGAGAAUGACUGUCUAAUCCAUGCAACUCAAAAGGCAGCAGCUGAACUUCAUGAAGCUCUUGUCCUCUAAAUGAAAAUAUAAUUGUAGUCAAGAGGAAGAAAUGGGAUAUGCCAGUACUGCUAAAAGAAAGCCAGUUCCAACCAAUGCAAACAUUCAUACAUUUCAGUCUUUACCGGUGAAUUAUUCUACAAUUAUUUUUCAGUUUGGAAGAGGCAGCUCUUCAUAAUGGGACAAUAUCACGCCAGGUCACAAGCACUGAUUCAAAAUUUAUUGUCAUUAAGAAAGAAUAUAAAUAUGUAAGGACAUGCUGUACUGAAAUGCUAUGGCUAAUGAAUUCCUUCCUGCUUUGGGAAGAUAAAACAUUAACAAUAUGCCAAAGCAAAAGAUAAAAAGAGUCAUGGGGGUUUUUUUUUCCUUCUCUCUUUCUUUUCAAUCUUUCCUUUCUUUCCUUGGGAUGCAUUUGAUAUUUAUUUUUCAGCUUUAAAUUUGAGGUUUUAUUCCCAGUUACCAAUGUACUGUAUUGAAAUCUGGAACAUAAAAAUAACAAUUUCAAGCAAAAGAUGAUGUACAGGGAGAAAAAAAUCAGAAAGAAAAAGCACUUCAUUAUGUCACAGUAUUUACAGGAGAAAGUGUAAAAAUUACUUAUUUUCUAAAAAACAACAUUUGGGGCCUGAUUCUUUCCUAGUAUAACUGAGCAUAGCUCCCUGAGGCUGGUGGAGCUGGGCAUGGUUAUGCUAGCUGAGAAACUGAACCUUAAAAUCUUCUUUGCAGACAAGGGAACCCUUACCAGCAGUACUUGAAGACUUGUGAGUUGUGACUGCAUGUUACUUGAAAGAUCUAAUUAAGCUAUGUUUUUUGGUGCAAGCAGUUGUUGUACAUGAUUUCAUGUUUAUGUAGCAAGAUGCAUUGAAAUGUUGAUACUAGUAUUGAAACAUACAUGUAAAAAUUGUCGUUGUGGAAAUUGUCUGUUCUGUUCUAUUUUUCUUGUGUGUCUCAUCUGUUUAGAACGUAAACUUUCUUUUUUUUUUAUUGUCCUAACUGAAUAAGGCUAAAUGAAUACUGUAAUUGAAAAUAUAUUUUAAAUCUUGUCAUGAGUUUUUAAAAAGACUAUUACAAAUUGUAUCAUUCCUGAUUACACAGAACUUUGUGGGUGGUUUUAAAUAAAUUUUAUACUUCUAU